CUUGAUUCGUCCUUUGUCGACACAGGAGUCAUCGAGAAAUUGCCAUUCUUCUUGUUCGCGGAGAUGCAGCUGGCCAAACUGGAACUCAACAGGAGCAAGCUGGACGAAUUUCGAGUGUUGGCCAAAGACAUUGUCAACAAUGCCUGUCUUGCAGCUUUGCUCCGGGCUGGAUACACCCCUGACGACUCCAACAUCACCAUCGAGCAGACUGCCUAUGGGAAACUUGGGGAAUUCGGCGGGACCAGGUUCAAGAUGCCCAGAGACGGCAUCCUGAAGAUGAGCUACAUCGAGCAGGCUCGGAAACGAGAGAAAUGUUACAGAUUAUCCUGCUUCAUCCACUUGAUCGACUAUAUGCAGACCAACAUGAUGCACUGCCUACUGCACAACACUUACAGAGAGCUUUUGAGAGCUCUCGAGUUGCAUACAGUCUUUUUACCACCGGAUUCCUUCUUCGAGGAGGCCGAGAUCGACUCCACGUUCGUCCCUCGACGCGACUCGAAGUGCCCUAUAAACUACCCCUACUUCGUGGUGGACCUGAUUAUCUCCGUAAGGACGAAAAUCGCGAUGGAUCCAAGCGAAGAAAUAAUAAAAUACGUAAUCUCAACCUUGCAGUCCAUGUGGGAGGAAAAUCUGGACGCUAUCAGACCUUUACUCGACGACCCAUUUUUCCACCCGUUCACUAGGCCAAUGAUCAACCAUAAAGUAGAGGGCCGCAUCGGUGGCAACCCUCCCCAGAUUUUAAUCGUCCUGAAGGAGGACCCCAUGAUGGUGGAUUUUAAGCAACAAUUAACGAGGGUCCUCCAGGCGAAUUUUUCCGCGGUUAAGAGGUACUGUCAGCGCUUCUCGGACAUCGAGAUAUUCUUCCUCGAGGACAUGCAGCUCGACGAGAAUAUUAUCCGGGAGAAUCGGCAAUGCGACGUCCUUCGAUCCUGGUGUGCCAGAUACCAACGGGAAGAAGAGGAGAUAACGAAAGUCGUGGAUUAUCAGCACCUUGGUAUUUUCGACCUACAACUGGAAAGGUUUAAAAAUCACGCUUCUCCUGCGCCGAACAACAAACAGCAGGUCCUCAGAGUCGUGAUGCCAGGGAUCGGAAAGGCCAGAGUGGACGCUCUUCUGAUGGAGGCCAUCGAUGCCAUUAAUUAUCUGCAAUCCGAUCCCAUCUCGACGGAGGAUUUCGUCUCUUACAUCAAAUUCGUGGACAAGGCUCAAGAAAAUGUCGACAACAUGGAGGCCCAGCUGGAGUACGUGAAAGAGUUGUACGACAUCAUGGAGGAGUACAAAAUCCCCGUGCCGGCCGAGGACAUUGCCAAUUAUCUGGGAAUAAGCGUGCAAUUUACCAGCCUACGUCUAGCCGUUGACAAACGCAUGGAGGAGAGACCAAAGUUGGUCUACAAGUUCAACGUCCAGAUACAGAAAGACAUAAACGCCCUCGUUGAUAGGAUAUCGAUGAUCAAUGACGAGGCCGUCCAACCUUGGCUUCUGGAUGCCGAAAGCGAUGCCGAGGUUUGCCUGAGCACUCUUAACAAUCUAAUCGAAAGAUUAGGAGAUUGCGUUAACGCGGCCAACGAGUACAGAGCUCAUCAGAAGAGCUUCAAGGUCGAGGUGACCAAAUUCGAGAUCCUGGACCAAGUGACGAGCGAGGUGAAGAUGCGGAAUCUCCUCUGGGAGAGUGUCGUCAAUUGGGAGAACGCGGUUAAACAAUGGCAAGCCGCGGAUUUCGGCACUUUGAACGUUGAAGAUGUAACGGCAUUCACUAUGCGCAACAUGAAGAACAUAACUCAGCUGGAGAAGGGUCUGCCGGCGAACAAUAUCCUCCCUGAAUUGAAGGAAAACGUGGAGUUGAUAAAAGACAAGUUGCCUAUUAUUGGCUACUUGAGGAAUCCGAACCUGAAGACGCGCCAUUGGGGGAAGAUCGAGACCUUGCUGGAUUACAAGUUCAAAGCUGACGAAGAGAUCACUUUGGAUUUGCUGGAGAAACUCGGGGCCUUCAGAUUUCCAAACGAACUCAUGGAGAUCUCUUCGGCUGCCAGCUCGGAAGCCGGCCUGGAGACGAUGCUGAAGAAGGUGGAGGGCACCUGGAAGAGCUUGGAAUUUACCGUCCUACCUUACAAGGAGGCCAAGGAUGUCUUCAUCUUGGGGUCCCUAGAGGAGGUCCAGACCGCACUCGAUGAAAGCAACAUCAAUAUUCAGACGAUAAUCGCAUCUCGAUACGUGGCUCCCAUCAAGGCGAGGGUCGAGGACUGGACGAAGCAGCUGGACCUCUUCGUCAAGACGCUGGAAGCCUGGCAGUAUUGCCAGCAACAGUGGAUGUACCUUGAAGCGAUAUUUUCCGCCCCUGACAUCCAGCGACAGCUCCCAAUCGAGGCAAAACUGUUCACCACGGUUGACAAGUUCUGGAAGGACGUUAUGAGGAGGACUGCCAAGAUGCCCCUGGCCAUGGACAGUUGCACUCGGGAUGGACUGUUGGAGAAGUUCGUGGUGAACAAUCGACAUCUCGAUCAGAUCUUGAAGUGUCUCGAGGCCUACCUCGAGACGAAACGCGUAGCUUUCCCUAGAUUCUUCUUCCUGUCGAAUGACGAGCUCCUGGAGAUCCUCGCUCAGACGAGAAACCCCCACGCGGUUCAAAGGCAUCUUCAGAAGUGCUUCGAUGCGAUUUUUCGCCUGGAGUUCGCCACAGCCGGAGCCGACGAGAGUGGUGCGGAAGCAGUUUUGACCACCGACAUCGUCGCCAUGAUUUCUCCCGAGGGAGAAAGGGUUCCUCUGGGAAAAGGUCUCAAGGCCAGAGGAAACGUCGAGGAUUGGCUGGGGAAGGUCGAAGAGUCGAUGUUCAUGUCUCUUCGGAAAAGAAUGAAGGCUGCCAUAGUGGACCUUGAAGAGAGAGGAAGAGAGCUCUUCCUCCCUGACCAUCCGUCUCAGGACCUCAACACGCUGGCUGCAAUGGUCAGAGGUGAGCUGCCUAAAUUGGUGCGAGACGUAAUUAUCAAUUUAAUUACCGUUGACGUGCACGCCAGGGAUAUCAUCUCCGUCCUCGUGGAGAACAAGACCAGGUCGAGCACGGACUUCGACUGGACCAAGAAUCUGAGAUACUACUGGGAUGACGAGAUAGACAAUUGUCUGGCAAGAAUGAGUAAUGCCGAAUACCUGUACGGAUACGAAUACCUGGGUGCCCAGAAGAGACUCGUCAUUACUCCACUGACCGACAAGUGUUAUCUCUGCCUGAUGGGUGCCCUACAAUUAGAUCUAGGAGGUGCUCCAGCGGGUCCUGCAGGAACCGGGAAGACGGAGACCACCAAGGACCUUGCCAAAGCCUUGGCUAUUCAGUGUGUGGUAUUCAAUUGCUCCGAAGGCCUCGAUUUCAAGAUGAUGGGCAGAUUCUUCUCCGGCUUGGCCACUUCGGGAGCCUGGUGCUGCUUCGACGAGUUCAACCGAAUCGACAUCGAAGUGCUAUCCGUCAUUGCUCAGCAAUUGAUCACCAUCAGGAAUGCCAAAGUUGCCAGGCUAAAAGAAUUUAUGUUCGAGGGCCGCAAAAUCAAGUUGGUGAUGUCCUGCGCCGCUUUCAUUACCAUGAAUCCUGGAUACGCAGGUCGUACGGAAUUGCCUGACAACCUGAAGUCCCUCUUUCGUCCCAUUUCCAUGAUGGUCCCUGAUUACAAGCUCAUUGCCGAAGUCACUCUGUACUCCGAAGGAUUCGAGUCCUCGAAGCCGCUGUCGAAGAAGAUGACCUUGAUGUACACGUUAUGCAGCGAGCAGUUGUCCCAGCAAGAUCACUACGACUUUGGGAUGAGAGCGGUGAAGAGCGUCCUGGUGAUGGCUGGGAGUUUGAAACGUGACAAUCCGGACAAGAAGGAAGACGUAGUCCUGAUUCGCGCCUUGAGGGACAGCAAUCUUCCGAAAUUCCUUGCCGACGACGCCGACCUCUUCUAUGGGAUUCUGGGCGACCUCUUCCCGGGGGUUGUCAUUCCUGACGAGGACUAUGGGGUCCUCAAGGACACCGCCAUCACGAUCAUGGAGGAGGCGAUUCUACAACCUGAGGCCUGCUCAUUGAACAAGGUCAUCCAGCUGCACGAGACCAUGGUGGUUCGUCAUGGUGUGAUGCUGGUCGGACCCAGCGGCUCAGGAAAAUCAACUAUCUUAAGAACUUUACGGGACACCUACACACGCCUCCAUGAAAUGGGAGUCCCUGGGCAGUACUAUCAAACUGUCCAUAUGUACGUUGUCAACCCCAAAGCCGUGACAAUCGGCGAAUUGUAUGGAGAAGUCGAUUCUCUGUCCAGUGAAUGGCGAGACGGUUUGCUGGGACUCAUAAUUCGGCACGCUUGCUCGUUCACCACCGAAGAUCACCAAUGGGUCGUUUGCGAUGGACCAGUGGACGCUGUGUGGAUCGAGAAUAUGAACACCGUGUUGGAUGACAACAAAAUGUUGUGUCUGGCAAAUUCAGAGCGGAUAAAAUUCACGCCUUACGUCCACAUGGUCUUCGAAGUAAUGGACCUGUCACAAGCGUCGCCCGCCACUGUCAGUCGUUGUGGCAUGGUUUACGUGGAUCCAUCGGAGCUGAAGUGGCUUCCUCAUGUCAAGACCUGGUUGAAGAGACUGCCCGACAACGUCCUCAACGAGGCGCUUCGCGAGAUGAUCCUGGAGUUGUUCGAAACCUAUGUAGAGGAUGGCUUGAACUUCUUCAGGAAGAACUGCGACCAAGCUAUCGCCCAGGUGGACGUGAGCAAGGCGAGCAUGAUCUGCGCCAUUCUGGAGAGCAUCCUGACGGAGCCGGGAUCUAUUGACAAAAGCGCGGAAAAAUCACGAGUGAAGACGUUCGUUAUCCAGUCUUUUAUAUUCUCUUACCUCUGGGCAGUCGGCGGAAACGCCAUCGACUCUUCGAGAGAGGCCAUCGAGCUCUUCGUCAGGGAACAGUUCGAGGACAACCCGGACGCACGUCUUCCGGGUUCUGGGGACCUGUGGAGUCUGUACGUGAACGUCCUGCAUCGCCGUAUGGAGCUGUGGACCAAACUGAUGCCAAAAUUCGUGUACAACAAGGACCUGCCUUUCUUCGAGCUCCUGGUGCCGACCAUAGACACGGUGAGGUUCGGCUACAUCAUGCAGAAGCUCGUGGAGGUCGGAAAACCUGUCCUAGUUACCGGAGGAACUGGAGUGGGGAAGUCGGUGAUCACCAAAAUGGUCCUCACCAGCCUGCACAGGACGGGAUCCUGGCUGUCGAUCGUCCUGAAUUUCUCGGCGCAAACCAGCAGUAUCCGGACCCAGGAAAUCCUCGAAUUGAAGCUGGAGAAAAAGAAGAAGACCCUUCUGGGUGCGCCUUUUGGCAAACGAGUCUGCGUCUUCGUGGACGACGUCAACAUGCCGAAGUUGGACACUUACGGGUCUCAGCCACCCAUCGAGUUACUGCGUCAGUUCCUGGAUUUCCGGGGAUUGUACGACCGCGAUAAAUUAUUCUGGAAGGAUAUCGAGGACGUCGUCCUUGCGACAGCCUGCGCUCCUCCUGGGGGAGGAAGAAAUCCCUUGACUCCUCGAUUCGUCAGGCACUUCGGCAUGCUCUUCAUCCCUGCACCUUCCGAAGAAUCCCUCAAGGCGAUAUUCCGGUCUAUAUUAAGAGGGUUCCUCCAGGAGUUUACUCAGCCAGUCAUGGACAUCGGCGAUCGACUCGUCAUGGCCACCGUAGAAAUUUACGACAGGAUAGCUCUCGAUCUUCUGCCAACUCCAGACAAAAGUCAUUACGUUUUCAAUCUACGCGAUCUAUCCAAGUGCAUUCAAGGUACCAUGCAAGCGGACCCUUCUAUUGUGAGGGAGCCUAAACAGAUGCUGAGACUGUUCUACCACGAGUGUCUGCGAGUUUUCCACGAUCGACUGACAAAUCCAAAGGACAAGAGUUACUUCUACCGCCUCCUGACGAGCACCUGCUCCAGGAUUUUCGGAGACCAGGUAAUACCUGUUCCCGACGAGGAGAUUAUCGAGCACCCUCCGAUCCUGCUUUUCGGAGACUUCAUGGCGUUCGGUGCCUCCAAGGACCAAAGGAUGUACGAGGAGAUCCUGGACGUCCAGAAGAUGAAGACGGUUCUUCAGGACUAUCUGGACGAUUAUUGCAUGGAGACGUCGAAGGACAUCUCCUUGAUUUUUUUCAUGGACGCGGUAGAGCACCUAUGCAGGCUAGCCAGGAUUUUGCGAUCCGAAAGGGGAAAUGGUCUUCUGGUCGGAGUUGGCGGGAUGGGGAAACAGAGUCUGACCAAAUUAGCAUCCCACAUGAACGGCUACCGUUGUUAUCAAAUCGAAGUCAGUCGUGGGUAUGGUAAAAAUUCCUGGCACGAAGACCUCAGGCGAUUUUACUUCAAGUCCGGGGCAUUUGCGGAGCACGCGACCUUCCUUUUCACCGACAGUCAAGUUGUACUCGAGGAGUUCCUUGAAGAUAUCAAUAAUACCCUAAAUUCUGGCGAGGUGCCCAAUCUGUUCGAAGCGGAUGAACUGGAAAAGGCCAUUAUCGCAACCAGGCCAGCUGCCAAAGCAAUUGGAAUUACCGAGGACAAUCGCGAUGCCAUUUAUCAGUAUUUUAUCGACAGAGUGAGAAACACCCUUCACCUGAUGCUGUGCAUGAGUCCUGUCGGCGACGCGUUCAGACGACGGUGUCGAAUGUUCCCAUCUUUAGUUAAUUGCUGCACCAUAGACUGGUUUAGUAAAUGGCCAAACGAGGCUCUCCUUUCGGUAGCCGAGAACACACUCUCCUCGACUUUUGGAGAACACCCCGAGAAGGUGACAGCCCUCUCCACCAUCUGCGUCUCCAUGCACGAGAGCGUAGAAGCGAUGACGAUUCGAUUCUUCGAGGAAGUCCGCAGACGGUAUUACACCACUCCGAGUAGUUACCUGGAGUUGUUGAAGCUGUACAUGGCGACGACCUCUAAAAAGAUGGAACAGAUCCUGUUAACGAAGAAUAAAAUCGCCAAUGGCCUGAACAAAUUGUACGAGACGAACCAGACGGUGGGGGUCAUGAAGGAGCAGCUCAUCAUCCUGGCUCCAAAGCUGAAGACGAGUUCCGAAGAGGUUGCCAAGCUGAUGAAAGUCAUCGCGAGGCAGCAGGUGGAGUGCGACAAAGUCAGAUCCGUAGUAGCUGCUGACGAGGCCGUUGCCAAGGUCAAAGCUGAAGAGACCGCGGCUCUCGAGGCCGAUGCCAGGAAGGACCUGGAGGCUGCCAUCCCAGCUCUCGAAGAGGCGCAGAACGCUCUCGCCGCGUUGAAUAAGAACGACAUCAACGAGAUAAAGGUCUUCAACAAGCCUCCUCCUCUGGUGCGAUUCGUCAUGGAGGCGGUGUGCCUGCUCUUCGGGGAGAAAACCGACUGGCCUACUGCAAAGCUGAUGCUCUCCGACGUGCACUUUCUCGACCUGUUGAUGGCCUACCCGAAGGAGGACAUCAGCGACAAGCUCCUGAAGAAAUUGCAGACCUACGUGACCAAUCCAGAAUUUCUGCCCGAGCUCGUGGCGAAGCAGAGUAAGGUCUGCAAGUCGAUCUGCAUCUGGGUGCGAGCUAUCGAUGGCUACGCGAAGACCUUCAGGGUCGUCGAGCCGAAGAGGCAGAAAUUGGCAGGUGCGGAAAAGGAGCUGCAAGCCAUUGAAGGAGUCCUGCGAGAGAAGCAGUCGCAGCUGGCCGCUGUGGAGAAGAAGAUAAACGAUCUGCAAGCUCAGUACAAUCGGGCGGUCCAAAAUCUCGCGGAUUUGGAGUUCAACAUGGCGUUGAGCGAGGCAAGGUUGAACAGAUCCGGCAGACUGACGACUGCGUUGGCCGACGAGCAGGAUCGCUGGGAAGAAAUGAUGCUGGGAUUCGAUCAGCAGAUCGCAAACGUACCUGGGGACGUGUUGGUAGCCGCAGGAGCUCUGGCCUACCUGGGGGCAUUCACCGACGAGUACAGGGAAGAGUUGAUGUCAUCGUGGCUAAAGAAGUGCGAGGAUCUCGACGUGUCGACCUCCACGAAUUUCAGCUUCAUCUCGGCCUUGGUGGAUCCCUACGAAAUUCGGUCCUGGAACAGCUUCGGCUUGCCCAGGGACCAGGUCAGCACGAAAAACGCCAUAAUGGUCACUCGAGCUGGGAGGUGGCCCCUCAUGAUCGAUCCUCAGGAACAGGCUAAUAGGUGGAUCAAGAACAUGGAGCAGAGUAACAAUUUGCGGACCUGCAGGAUGACCGACUUGAAUUUUAUGCGAAUCAUGGAAGCUUGUAUAAGGAUCGGCGCCCCGAUGCUGCUGGAAGACGUCGGGGAGACUCUCGAUCCCAGCUUGGAACCUGUCCUGUUAAAACAGACUUUUACACAGGGGGGACGGCUUUUAAUCAGACUCGGCGAGAACGACGUGGAGUACGACCGAGCAUUUAGGCUCUACAUCACGACCAAAAUGGCGAAUCCUCAUUACCUACCCGAGGUCUGCAUUAAGGUGACGAUAGUUAAUUUUACGGUGACCUUCUCUGGAUUGGAGGAUCAGCUACUGGCGGACGUCGUGCGCCUCGAGAGACCAGACCUGGAGAAAAUGAGGAACGAGUUGAUCGCUAAAAUCAAUGCCGAUAAGGCCCAGCUCCUCAGCAUCGAGGACAAGAUCCUGACCCUGCUCUUUCGCUCUGGGGACAAUAUUCUCGAUAACGAGGAGCUGAUCGAGACCCUGAACGACAGCAAGGAGACCUCCGCGAUUAUUGGCACUCGGCUGGUGGAAACCGAGGCCACUGAGGAGAAGAUUUCCGUGGCCAGGGAAAAAUAUCGCAAUGUCGCCACGAGAGGGUCCGUAUUGUACUUCGUGGUCGCCAAUUUGACGGAGAUCGACCCCAUGUAUCAGUUCUCCUUGAAGUACUUCUCUCGAGUCGUCAACUCGGUCAUCGAGACGGCGGAGAAGACCCUGGACCUGCAGAAGCGACUUCGGAUUCUGUGCGACGAGAUCACUCUUGCCGUUUACAUCAACGUCUCUCGCGGUCUGUUCGAGAGGCACAAACUGGUGUUCAGCUUCAUGAUGAACAUUGCGAUUUACCUGAACUCCAAGUUGAUUAAUUACCAGCAGUGGAAUUUCCUUCUGCGUGGUCCAACUCAGAUGAAAAAGAGCAAAAAGCCCGACGUCCCAACUCUCAGCGACUCCAUGUGGGACUCCGUAAACUAUCUGUCCACUACUUUUGAACAUUUCUACCCGAUACUGGAGGAUGUCUUCAAGAGGAUCCACGUGUCCAUCGAACAUUUCGAAGAGGAGAUCAACGUCGUGCCCACCAACAACCAGAAAUCAUCCCUUGAGUGGGACUCGAUCCUGGACGACAUGGAGAAAUUAAUAUUAAUUAAGGCGUUAAAGGAGGAGAAGCUGACUUUUGCGAUAACAGCUUACGUGAAGAAGAACAUGGGCCAGCGAUUCGUCGAGUCGGCGCUGAUUUCUUUACAGAAUUUAUUCAAUGACACGUCGAAGACCACGCCUCUGAUCUUCGUCCUGAGCACAGGAUCGGAUCCUUUCUCGGCCUUGCAAAAAUUCGCGACCGAGAUGGGCUUCACGGACAAGUUUGUGUCGAUAUCUCUGGGACAAGGACAAGGCCCGAUUGCGGAAACUCUCGUCAGAAGAGGGACGGCAGACGGAGGAUGGGUAUUCCUUCAAAAUUGCCACCUGGCGACCUCUUGGAUGCUGUCCAUGGAGGAGAUGGUCAUGGACAUCUCGGAAAGGCCGGACUUGGUGCACUUCGACUUCAGGCUCUUCCUCAGCUCCAUGCCAAGUGCAUCCUUUCCCGUGUCCGUUCUCCAGAACUCCGUCAAAGUCACCAACGAGCCCCCAAAAGGUCUAAAGGCGAACGUCAAGAGGGCACUUUUCGACCUGGAAGAGGAUUUCUUCGAGAUUAAUGUUUUGGAGGACACUUGGAGGCGCAUCGUCUUCGGGGUCUGCUUCUUCCACGCCAUUAUACAGGAGAGGAAGAAAUUUGGUCCCCUAGGGUGGAACAUCCUCUACGAGUUCAACGACAGCGACCGGGAGUGCUGCCUCUUGAACCUGAAGAUCUUCUGCGAAACUGACUCGAUCCCCUGGGCGGCAUUGAUAUACACCACUGGCGAAAUCACGUACGGCGGCAGGAUCACCGACAGUUGGGACCUGCGUUGCUUGAAGACCAUCCUCGACGGUUUCUUCUCACCCAGGACAUUGGAAAAAGAGUACGCGUACUCGCCGUCGGGCACGUACUAUUGCCCGUCUUACAAGACUCUUCAAGAGUACCGAGACUUCGUGGAUGGCUUUCCCAUCAUGGAGGAUCCUGAAAUCUUCGGCAUGCACGAGAACGCUAAUAUUAUUUAUCAGCUCAAAGAGACCAGAGACGUCAUCAACGUCAUCAUGGAAAUUCAGCCGAAAAUCGGAGCUGGGGCAGGAGGCAAAUCCGCGUCGGAAAUCGCUUAUGAACUUGCGGACACGAUUGUGGCGAGGAUCGCAAUUAAAAUCGACCCCGACGAGUGCCACAAGGACCAUCUUAAAAGAGACAGUGCAGGCCGAUUGCCAUCGAUGACUACCGUCCUCUUACACGAGGUUGAUAGGUUUAACAAAUUGUUGAAAGUCAUACACGCGAGCAUGGAAAACCUCCAGCGAGCUAUUAAGGGUUUCGUCGUCAUGUCCGACAUCCUGGAGAAGGUUUUCCGAGCCUUGGUCAAUAAUCAAGUGCCCGAAAUAUGGCACAACGUGAACGUCUAUCCUUCCUUGAAAACCCUGGGAAGCUGGAUAAGAGAUCUGGAGCUCAGGAUUGACUUCAUCAGGAUCUGGCUGAUCGAUGCCAAGCCGAUUUCCUUCUGGAUUUCUGGAUUAUCCUUUCCGCAAGGAUUCAUCACGGGGAUGUUACAGACUUAUGCUAGAAAAUACAACACACCGAUAGACAUGCUUAAACUAGACUUUUCGGUGACAAAAGUGACCCUGGAUCAGGAGGAAAUUGAAGCAGCUCAUCGAGACGCGUCGAAAGAGGUACCGCAAGCGUACAAGGAUCUUCGUUCACCUCCCGAUGGGAUCCUGAUUCAUGGGCUGUACAUUGAUUCCGGAAGGUGGGACCUACAGUUUAUGAUCAUCGUCGAUGCGAACAAGGGUGAAAUGUAUCCACCGUUGCCGGUGAUGCACGUCAUUCCGGUAUUGAGCUUACCGGAAAAUGAUCCCAGAUAUGUGUGUCCACUUUAUAAAACCAGCAUUCGUGCUGGAGUUCUCUCAACUACAGGACACAGUACGAACUUCGUGGUCGCGAUUUUACUUCCUUCUGCCCGCAAACAGUCUUAUUGGAUCCUCAAAGGAACGGCGCUUUUAAUUCAAAUCACGAAUUAAAUUCCACCUUCGAUGCAAACUGCCUACGGUUCACUGCAACAAUCCCUCGAAGAUGUUCGGUCAGGUACACAAAGAUGGAUAAACUUUACACUUUAGGGAAACGUUUUCUUGUACCAAAAGAUAAUUACAUAAAUAGUAAUAAAUAAUUCUAAACCUA